AUGGCGGACACUGCAACAUCAGCCAAUGUCGCGUUGGACGACGACGACCGGGAAAUUGAAGAAAUGCGCCGCCAAGUCCAGGAAAUGGAGAGAGAUCUUGCGAGAGAAAACGAGGCUGCAGAACUCGCUGCACUCGCAAACCAUCCAUCGCUCGCAGGCCCGCCAAAUGAUACCGAGACGGCUGCAAAGACCUCGGGAGGCUCAACACCAGGCGCAAAUGCAGAUGCAUCUGGUGCGGAUUUUAGUACAGACGACGAUGCGGAUGCGCGCAGCAUCUAUGUCGGAAAUGUCGACUACGGAGCGACUCCAGAGGAGAUUCAAGCUCAUUUUGCAUCAUGUGGGACCAUCAAUCGGGUUACAAUUCUGUUGGAUAAAUUCACUGGCCAUCCCAAGGGCUAUGCAUAUGUUGAAUUCGCUCAGCCCGCGCACGUAGAGGCUGCCCUCGUGCUCAACGAAUCGCUCUUCAGGGGACGACUCAUCAAGGUCACUGCAAAGCGAACCAACCUACCAGCGUUUAUGCGGGGAAUCCCCAGAGGCAGGGGACGAGGCGGGUAUCGAGGUGGUCGUGGCGGUCAUGCGCAUGGGUAUAAUCCCUAUGGUGGACGUCCCCGAGGCAGAUAUCCGGCAAUCUCGCGACUGACGGAAAAGGCGACCCAUUGCCCAGUCAUGGGCCCCGCACUCGUCCUGCGUUCGUCUCAAAUCGUGGGCUCAACGACCCGCGCACACGGCUAUGCGUCGCUUGCCGGCAAAGCUGCCGUCGAAGAGAUUCACCGCAAGGAGGGCGUGUUCCCCGUCGCGUCUGGAGCUGGGGUAUGCCCUCACUCUUCACCAGACACUGCAGCCGCAAAAUCUGCAGAGACGAUCCUCGCCGCCCAAAAGGCUGGGUGCCCCGCCCAUGCCCACAAGACGACCGACCAACAAGCAGCACCAAGCAGCAGCAGCAGCGCUCACAAGGCGCACACUGCCCUCUACGAGGCUAAAAAUGUAUCUCCCUCUUCCUUUGAUUACCAGCGCUUCUAUUCUGGAGAGCUCGACAAGAAACACAAGGACCGUUCGUAUCGAUACUUUAACAACAUUAACCGUCUCGCCGCACGGUUCCCAGUCGCUCAUACGGCCUCACAUGCAGAAGAAGUCGACGUAUGGUGCUCCAACGACUACCUGGGAAUGUCCAAGAACCCUGUCGUUCUCGAGACGAUGCACCGCACGCUCAACAAGUAUGGUGCUGGAGCUGGUGGAACGAGGAACAUUGCAGGCAAUGGACAAAUGCACCUUGCAUUGGAAGAGGAGCUCGCCGGUCUGCACAAAAAACCAGCCGCCCUCGUCUUUAGUUCUUGCUACGUCGCCAAUGAUGCUACCCUCGCGACGCUGGGGUCCAAGCUGCCUGGCUGCGUCAUCUUCUCCGACAGCAUGAACCAUGCUUCGAUGAUCCAAGGAAUCCGCCACUCUGGCGCUCGCAAGGUCAUUUUCAAGCACAACGAUACCGUCGACCUCGAACAAAAGCUCGCUCAGUUCCCCAAGGAGACACCCAAGAUCAUCGCAUUCGAGAGUGUAUACUCUAUGUGCGGGUCUGUCGGUCCAAUCGAAAAGAUUUGCGACCUUGCCGAAGAGUAUGGAGCUAUUACCUUCCUCGACGAGGUGCAUGCCGUAGGCAUGUAUGGACCCAACGGCGCUGGUGUUGCAGAGCACCUUGACUUUGACGCGCAUCUUGCCGCCGGCAAGAGUGUCCAAGCCGUCAAGGGCUCUGCCAUGGACAGGAUCGACAUUAUCACAGGAACCCUCGGCAAGGCCUAUGGCGUCGUCGGUGGCUACAUCGCUGGCUCUACCGAUCUCGUCGACAUGAUUCGCUCGUAUGCUCCCGGUUUCAUCUUUACGACUUCGCUCCCUCCCGCCAACGUCGCCGGUGCUCAGGCAAGCAUUGCGUACCAAAAGGCAUACAUGGGCGACCGUCGUCUUCAGCACCUCAACACCCGCGAAUUGAAGCGUCAAUUUGAUGCUCUCGAUAUUCCCGUCGUACCUGGCCCAUCGCACAUUGUCCCCGUCCUCGUUGGCGACGCAGGCCUCGCCAAGAUGGCAUCCGACACGCUCCUGAUGGAACACGGCAUCUACGUCCAAUCGAUCAACUACCCAACCGUCGCAGUGGGCGAAGAGCGCCUCCGGAUUACACCCACCCCUGGUCACACCGUCGAACAGAUGAGCCACCUCGUGCAAGCUACCAACGACGUUUUCAACAGACUCGGCAUCAAGCGUCGUGCGGAUUGGGUCAAAGAAGGUGGACGUGCGGGUGUUGGUAUCACGGCUUCCAAGGAGGCGGAGAAGAUGGACCCCGUAUGGACCGACAAGCAACUUGGUUUACUCGACGGCACUGCACCAAAGGUUCUCAAUUCUUCAAAGGGAGACAAGGCUGUCGUCGAUCUCAAGGCGCUCGCCGAGGCUCAGAAGAGGUUUAGCACUACGCUUGAUGGCGAUGCUUCUGUCAAUCCAGUCAAAACCGCCCUUCAAGACAGUCUCUUCCCCAACCAUAUCCCAACCCUUGUCGGAGCUCAGGCAUAA